AUGUUUUUAUGGCGAGCUGUUUCUGGUGCGUUAGCGAUUGCUGAUCGAGAGGGUUGCCGGUGGACACGAACUGCAAGUUAUGCCAACAAGCGUAUGAAACCAUCUCUCAUCUUCUGUUUUACUGUUAAUUGGGGUUACCCAGCUCAACAAAUGAUGAAUCUAGCAAACAUUGAGGUUCCGACUAAUGGUUUUAGUGAUGUGGUGGAGCAAAACAUUACACAUUUUCAUUAG